UCACCUUCGUUUCUCUCCAUCCACCUACGCACCGCGUGUUGGGGCUCCGGUUAAUCGCUUCCGCCUCCGCCGCUCUUCCUCUCCUCCGCCUCCAUCUCCGGCGGUUGUCGCUUAGUACGUGGUUGCGAUUGUGUCUGGGUGGCCGGCACUGUGGAGGAAGCGAGUGGCUGCCUGUGACUCCUUCCCCCUCCCCCUUGAUCGGUUUUCCGCCGCUGGCAUCUCGAUGCGGAGAGAGGGAGAGGCAGCGAUGAGAUGCCUGCCGAAAGAAGUCGAGGUGGCGGGUGCGGUGCUCUCCGCUGUGGAUGGGGCUGUCGCGGUCGUCGCGUUUGUGCAGCUGUGUAGCUGAUCAACUUUCAAAAUUGACUGCAGUUGUUUAGAAUUCACUUGCGUAAUCAGCAACUUGGUUGGACUCGCCAAAAGAUAUUCCAUCUCAUGAUUGGCUCUUCCAACAUAGGCUACUUGGCAUACUUUAUAUCCGCUCUUAUUGCUACUUGUGAGGGUUGGCGAUGUUGGUCACAUGGUUGUGGAUUUGCUUUCAUGGCUUGCCCUCAAAUUAUCUUUCUUGCUGCAUUUCUCCUGCUUAUCUCUUUCUGGGUUGACCUGUGCCAUCAAGCAAGUGAUGAUGAAGAGGAAGAUUAUGAACCUGGUUGCACUGAAGCUUUGUUGGAUAAGUCAAUGAAUAAACAAGAUCAGCUGCAUGCUGAUGGGUGUAGAGUAUUUUGCUUUCCUCGAAGCAUUCAUGUUGGAAACCGACAAAAGUUUGUAAUCUUGGUGAUUGCCCUUAUAUUUAUUUCUAUGAUCGCAUUUUCCAUCUUGAUAUGGAUUGGUGGAGGAAAAAAUCCUAUCGAUUCUCCUCUUGUGGCUAGGGUUUAUCUAUAUACUUCUUCUGUAGCAAUGCUCCUUUUAGGUGGUGCUUUUGCUUGCUAUGGGACUCUGUUGUUUUCAAAAAUGAGCAAAGUGCGUUCGGAAAUGGCAUCUACUGAAAUGUGGAAGGUUGCAAGUUUGGCAGCUGUGACUGUUCUAUGUUUCACAUCAUCUGCUGUUCUAGCUGUUACUACUACUGUACCAUUGGAGAUGCUUUCAAAUUGGCACCCACGUGAUUCAGAGAACCUACUCAGUUCAGUUUUUGUUUUUCUCUACUACUUCAUAGGUUCAUCAGUACCCUCAGGCUUUGUCUUAUGGGUCAUGAGAGAAAUGCCGCCUUCACAUGUAAAUUAUACUCAUAGAACACCACAAUCUACCGUGGUAACUUUUAUCAGAGAGAGAGAUUCAGCUGCUCAAAAUCCACAAUGGAGGGAUGCGGUAACAUCGUUGCAGAAUAAGGGUCUUAAAUCAAGCCCCAUAUGAGAUGUUUACUCACCAACUCUAUUUGUUAGAAAGAGAGGAGGAUUCCUUUCGCCGUCAAUGCGAUGAUUCUUGUGAUCAAAUGUGAUGAUGGUGGCCACUGAGAUUUGACCAUUCAAACGAACUGAUCUAUUCUGCUCGCUUCAGUGAAAUGGGAAGUCCAUUUAGAUCCUCAACUCAUGGCAAAUUUGGUGAGAUGAUAUGAUUAGCUGUUGUAGAUUUGUACAUAAAUCAGAAAGGUCAGGGAGUUGAGGCACAAAUGGUGCCAAUCUCUCGUUACUAGAUUACUUUCUUUUUGACCUUUUUUUUAAUUACUUUUGAGAAACAAAUUCGCACUGUUUCACUUCAAUCCAAUUAUUGUUGAAGUAUUGGUCCUUUUCUACUUGUGUCGAUGAUGAUAAUGAUUGAAUCAUGCCGUUGGUGUGUAAUAAUUUUUGGUAUAUUUUCUCAGUUGAAUUCAAUUAACAAGGUUGGUCAACAUAAAGUGAAACAUUUUUGUUUGUUCUAUAAAGCCUCA